AUGUGCACUUCAGGUUUUCCGCCACGCCCCGGGGGCAUGCCCGGGUCCAUCUCGAAAAUUCUCUCCUCCAGCCUCUAGGCCAUGCGAGCUGCCGCUGGGGUCCAGGUGGUGCACUGGUACUACCGGCCUGACCUGACAGUAUCUGAGAUUCCACCAAAGCCUGGAGAAUUCAAAACAAAACUUUUGGGGCUGAAAGAGAGACACCAUGAACCUUGGGUUUCACAGGAGCAGAAACUUCAAAAUACAGUUAUGCCAAAAAUUCUGUGA